CACUAGUACUUACUUGUAUUGGCAUGUUGUUAUGCAUUAGACAUGCUUGUAGUCCUCAACGGGUGUGGAGCAGAGGGAUGGCAGAAAUGCUCAUGAGAAAAUAUCCGAGUAGACGAGGAUCGAAGGACGCGUAUUUAGAACUCGAUCGUAAAAAGAAACGAGAUUUCCGUAUCAAAGAGAUUGACAAGUUUGCCCUCUUACCUUCUUUUGGCAAAAGCGAAAUUGGGGAACAACAAUUCAAGAUACCCUACCCUAGACAAAUUGUAGAAUAUCUGGAUAAGUUUGUUAUUGGGCAGGAUUUAGCAAAACGAACAUUAGCUGUCGGAAUUUAUCAACAUUACAAACGACUGGAACAUAACACUGAAGUUAAAAACCGGGAGUUCAUUAAAAAUGUAUUAGAAUCUUCACUCAACUCAGACAAAAAGAAGUCCAGCGAAGAUGCAGAAGACUUCGACGAUUAUAUCGAACCGCAACCUCCAUUCGAGAAAACUACAUUUGAAAAAUUGAAGGAAGAGGUGCCUCUUACUAUUGAUAAAUCGAACAUACUGUUACUUGGUCCAUCCGGAUGUGGAAAGACCUACCUUACACAAUGUCUUGCACGGCUAUUGGAUGUCCCAAUAGCAAUGUGCGACUGCACUACUUUGACGCAAGCUGGAUAUGUAGGCGAGGAUGUUGACACAGUCAUCCAAAGGCUCUUGGUAAAUGCUCACGGGAAUGUGGAAAAGGCUCAACGUGGCAUAGUAUUCCUUGAUGAAUUUGACAAGAUACAUUCAUCGGUAGAUCCUGUCCACUCUCCCGGAAAUCGCGACGUUAGUGGAAGAGGUGUACAACAGGCUCUUCUCAAACUAGUCGAAGGAACUGCAGCAAGAGUGAAAGUCCCGGGGCAAAUGGGCAAAAGAAUUGAAGUGGACACUACUGAUAUCCUCUUCAUUGCCUCCGGCGCAUUUCCUGCUUUGGAGGAGAUUGUUGCUCGUCGCAUUGACAAACGGACUCUCGGUUUCGGAUCGAAGUAUACCAAUGUUGCUGAAGACCUAUCUUCAGGUAACGAAAGCAUUGCUGCGGAAAAGAGAAACGAGCUAUUAUCAAAAGCUGACCAGUCAGAUCUUAUGAAAUUUGGAAUGGUUGCAGAACUAGUGGGGCGAUUCCACAUUCUCGUGCCAUUUCAUUCCUUGGAUGAGAACAUGCUAGUGCGCAUACUUCAAGAGCCAGGGAACAGCUUGCUGUCUCAAGCGCAGAAGCUUUUUGCUAUGGAUCAGAUUGAACUGCGGGUCACUCACGGUGCAAUGCUCGAGAUGGCUCGAAUGGCUAGUCAACGAAGGACUGGUGCACGAGCAUUAAGGUCAAUUUUGGAGAAUGUUCUAUUGCAAGCUAAAUACGAUUGUCCAGGCAGUGAAACGCAUACCGUUGUCAUCACUGGAGCUGUUGUGAGGGGAGAGUCUCCCUAUGUUAGAAUGUCGCGACCUACAAAAAAUAACGAGGAUGGAGAGAAUAACACCAAAAAUUAAUCUACUGGUUGUUAAUGAACUAAUGAGCAGGA